AGAAGAAGAAAGCUGGUCUCCAAGUCACACAGCAUGAUAAAGGACAAAGAAGCGUUUCAGAGACUGAAUUUCCUCUAUCAGGCAGCGCAUUGUGUGCUUGCCCAAAACCCAAAUAACCAAGAGUUGGCUCGUUUCUACUGUCAAACCCAAAACAACAUCAGCCGACGGCUCGUCCUGAGACAGGAUCCUUCUGUGAAAAGGACCAUCUGCAAAUCCUGCUUCUCUCUUCUUGUUCCUGGAAUCAGCUCAACAGUUCGCCAACGAAAGCGCCGUCAUCAGCGGUGGACUGUUGUGCAGUGCCUGAACUGUGGCUUGAGCAAGCGUUUCCUUAGUAAUCCUGGCUACAAGUUGUGGUCGGAGCAGCCUGAGUCAUUGCUGGAGAAUCAGACGCCAGCCGCUGCAGGCCCCAAAGGCCAGAUCCCCAAUCCAGCACAAGAGCCACAAAAGGCCUCCAAAUUGGGAAAGGCAACAGUCCCAAGUUCCAGUCCGUGCAGCCAUGUUGCCUCUGAGGAGAUCACAGCGGGCACCCAAUCAAUAGGAGCAAAGAGUGGGAAGUGACGUCUCCGUUGGGAUUGUUCCAUUUCCAGGCAGGUAAAGUAAGUGGCUGUAGUCCAGGAAUGAAUUCCCUGCCUUGGAUGGAAGACAACCAGCAAGACGACGUUCAGGGCGGAGAAAGUCAAGGAAUAUACUUUCCAAAAAUUCAACGUGCUACUUGAAGAACUUCAAUGAAUUUGGUGACCUUAAUUUUAGGAUAAAGUUGGCAUCUUUUGCUGAUCUAAUCUUUUGUGUGUUUUAUGUUUUGUUUUUGUUUUUAAGUUUUAAUAUGACUGUUUUUGACAUGUUAAUUGUUUCAUAUUUUUUGCUGUACAAUGCUGGUUCACUUCUGGUGAGAUGGG